UUACAAUGGAAAAUAUAUCAAAGGAAGUCAGUUUUCUGACGACGGAUCUAAACGAGGAUUUGCUGGAUGCGUUUGGAAAUCUUCUCAAUUCUCUAAUGCUACCACAACUUCAAACAGUUUCAGACAAGGCUUUUGUUGAAAACACUGUCCCAGUAGACGUAAGCAAAUGGGGUUUAGUUGAGUAUACCAAAAAGUUCGUAAAAUUACUUGAAGAAUCUUCAGAGUUCCUAGCUAAUCGCGUAAGUGUUACAGAAACAUAUUUCCCUCUUUGACCGAUUUGGUUACCAA